CCCCACCGGCAAACCACACCAGCGAGCGAGGCAGCGACGUUGCCGUCCUUUGCCUAUUUAACCUUCGAGGACAGGCAGCUGAGCAUUCUGUGAUUCGUAGACGAGCUCCUCCUCUGCUCUGAUAAGGCAAGGUCGGCGGAAGAAGCGCGCCCGCAUUCUCCCGUCGUCGCUGCCGUCUCCUGCCAAGAGGCCGGCGGGAUAUACUACACUGUUGUGUUGGCGGUAUCGACGAUGGGGCUCCCCCUACUGGCGUUCGUGGCGGCGAGGGGGCUGAUGCAGGUGUUCAACCUCUCGGCGCCGCACGACCUCCGGCUGCCGAUCGCGCGCCACCUGCCCGAGGUAUGCGCCGUCCUGUUCGGCGUCCUCGCCUCGCACGCCGCGUGGGUCCACGAGGCCCUGGAGCGCGGCGCCGUCGCCUGGAGGCACAGAGGGAACAGUGACGCCCUCGACGACUACGUCCUCCGAGCCAUGCUCAGCAUCUCCGACUGAUGAGCGCCGGCGGCGGCGGCGGCACGCCAAUUUGCCCCUUUGCUAGUAGUUUAGCUUAAUUGUCCAUCCGCUCGUCUUGUUUCUUGUUGGUCUUGGUAUAGUUCGGUCUUGGUAUAGUUCAAUUUCAGCUAGCAUGGAAAGAGUUGGGAGAUUUCUGUAAAUGUGAUUGGUAAAUACAAGUCAAUUUUCUCGGAA